AGUAUCGUUUUGUCCACGGCUCGGUUAGCACGCGUUUUUUGUUUGCGCAUUUGAACCGUCUGCGCAACAUUGGUUUAUUGGUUGGAUCGGUUUUCCGCGUAUAGCUCCGGGGGUUGCUUGGAUUAGUGUGGAAGUGCUGAAACCGUAGCAACGGUUGGCAAGUGCAAUUUGUCGACCUGGACUAGUCAACGGAUCGAAGGCGGCGACGGCGCUGUAAAUACUUGCGAAAUUUACGUCGCAGGAUUUCAUUCAAACGUAUGCGGUGAUUGAUCUGCGCGUGACGAACUAUACGCGUGCUUUACGUCUACGAAUUUCGAGAAAGAGUGAAAUUAGGAAUUUCAAGGACGAAGCAUGAAGAAAGAAGCAAAACUGGAGCAAAUGUUGCACGGUUUGUCGCACUGUAGAACGUGAAGUCGAGUCGAGGCGUACGGUCGACCCGUCAAACAGCGUAUAAUGGUAAAUGAUGAUAGACAAUCGAUGAGAAUAUCAUGACUUGAAAGUGCAAAAACCCAAAAUAAAGGAAGACCGUUUGUGUUGAAAGUGCUGUGACUGAAAAAGCAAAUAGUUUAAGUGAUUAUAUUUUUUUCGUGGAAGUGAACAACAGAACCCGACGACCAUGAAUCUUCGCCGGAGAUAUUAUCUCUGUUAUUGGUUGGUGAUUAUUUAUCUGACGGCGGACGUACAUUCGCAGGACAUCGUCAAAGGCAAGAACACCGCGGAUAAAAAAUUGCGGGUGUGCGUCGUCGAGGGAAGCGGUCUAUACAAAAAGGGAGCUCAAAACUGUCCAACUCUGGAGGCCAAGUCCAACCUCGAGUGCGAGUACGGCCUAGACCGGUUGGACUGUCUGCGUAAGAUUCAGAAGGGAAAGGCGCACUUUGCCGUUUUCUCGCCCGAAGAUCUACUGGCCGCAAGAUGGGCUGGUGCUGAAAUUCUAGUCACGAGUGAACUUCGCUUCCAUAACGAGUUUUUCGAGUAUGAAGUGGUGGCAGUCGUGGAUAAUGAAGCUCACAUCAAUACUGCACGGGAGCUGAAAGGCAGCAAGUUCUGCCAUCCUGGUCACGGAAUACAAAAUCAUUGGACGGAAGUUCUAGCUGAUUAUUUUGAGACCAAACUCGUUCCCCGAGAAUGUGAGGAAGAUAUAUCUCCAACUGAAUCCAGGAUCAAGGCUGUUGCCAAUUUCUUCGGACCAAGCUGCAAGGCUGGCCCUUGGGUUUCAGAUCCUGUUGAAGAUCGCGCUCUAAAGAACAAAUAUCCAUCGCUGUGCCAGCUGUGUUACAACCCUUACCAGUGUGGCAUUGGUGAUAAGCAUUGGGGUCGCCGAGGGCCUCUCUAUUGUCUGACCAGUGGAGCUGGUGAAGUCGCUUGGGUUCGUCUAGAUGACGUUAGGAGCCACUUCGGUUUCAGCGGACUUCCUCCAGAGGCUGAUCCAGCCGGGUUCAGUUUCCUUUGCCCAGAUGGUCAUCUACAGCCCUUGGACACAAGAAAACCGUGCGUUUGGCUAGCAAAACCAUGGCCAGCAGUUGCUGCUCAAAGAAAUAUUGCCAUGAAAGUACAGGACACAGUGGCGGGUCUGAACCACGAUGAUACCAACAGCUGGCAGAAUGCACUACUCAUGAUAUUGGAAACGUAUCACGUUAACGUGACGACCUUGGAUAACACCAUUCCGGUGGAUGAUUAUUUGGAUCAGGCGAUCGGUUUUCAAGAUGCGUAUAGUUUCCCAUCAUGUAAUCCACCUAGAUCGAUCCUGUUUUGCACCACGUCGUUGAUAGAAUUGGCUAAAUGUUCUUGGAUGCAAGAGGUGGCUUCGGUUUACGGCGUGGAGCCUAAUAUACAAUGUAUGCGAUCGGAUACGUUGGAUACGUGCCUCAAGAAUGUGCAGCACAAAGUGUCGGAUGUGGUUAUAGUGGAUCAAGACACGCGACUGAGAGCCCAACGUGAUUAUAAUCUGAAACCGAUUUUGUAUGAAUACUCCUCUACGCUGGAAGACAAGUACGUUGUGGUUGCGGUAAUUCGAGCAGGAUCAAAGAUUAAAACAGGAUUCGAUUUACGAGGAAAGAAAGCUUGCUUCCCAAGCUACCAAGGAGCGGCUUAUUUGUCGGUGCUGGAGUCAUUGAUGAAUCAUACCAACUUUAUUGAUGAGUGCACCGAUGUUUCGAGCUACUUUUCGUCAAGUUCUUGCAAUUGGAAGGCCGAUUCAAGGUGUACCAAUGUAUUCAAUGGCGAGGAAGGGGCUUUGCGAUGUCUUCUGGAGGGCAAUGGAGAUGUAGCUUUUAUGGGCUACGAAACUUUCAAGAAAUUCAAAGGAAACGAAUUCCACUGGGCUCACAAGCACUCACCCACGGAGUUUAGCUUGUUCUGUCCGUUCAACAAGCCCGUGAAAGCAAAAGCAGUCUGCUAUCUGAACUGGGUAUCGCGCGGUCACAUCAUGAUUAGCGGCGCUGCAUCGGUGUUACGCGAAAAGGAGAUUUACAAUUCGUUGCGGGAAAUUGACCGACUUUUGGGCAAAAAGCACCGAGUUACGUCGGUCCCCUUCACACUGUACGGAGAGUUUGAUCGCAAAACUAAUGUUAUUUAUAGGGAUGGUACGGAAUCACUUCGAGGUCCAGCAGAGAUGUACCGCGACCGGAAUGCAGGCCUACUAGAUUCCAUAUACGCAAGGAUAGCACACAGAAAUUGUACUCACAGCAACGCCACCCGUACAGUGAUGUCGACGUCAGCUUUAACCCUCAAUGCCAUAUUGAUUUUUAUUUAUUUCUCGUUUUACCUGUUGUGAUCUCCAGUGACUGAAUAGCUUUUGAUUGUUAGAGAAAAACCAAUUUGUGAUAUUAUUUAUAUUUAAACACCACAAUAAAAGCAUUUUAGGAAACGUCCACAAUGAUUCAC